AUGAACAUUGUGAGGAUUUUAGAUCUUCUAGCCCCCAAGCUGAGGGUAGCAAUUGCGUACCUGCUGCUAUAUAGGGAGUGUGUCAAGGCAGGUGGAUGUUUGGUGUCACAAAGGUUGAGAGGGCAGCUUGUUGAAGCUGUGACAAGGCUUGGUGAUGGGAUCCUUGAUUGUACUUAUUUUGGCUUUGAUCUUGAAAGAAACCAUCAACAAAGGUGUAGCUACAUGCAUGACAAUGCUAAGGAAUAUUAA